ACUGUAUGAAACUCGCUUCCGUCUGAUUUUUCACAUUAUGCCUUCUUCGCCGAGUCGUGCGCUCGAUCAGCGCAUCCGGCGCACCACCGUAACCGUCGCCACUCUCGGGGGCGAUCCCAUCUUGGAAACCCAUGCGCAAGUCGUGCGGAAGGAGGCUCAAGAGAAGAAGCAGACCACUACCCGCCCCGGGCGCGCGCAAAAAGUGCGCUCGGAAGCGACACUUCUCCUACCGGAAGAUUAUUUUUGCCCUACGUCCUCACGACGUCCAACCGAUACUUUUUCUUUUCGCAGCAGCCAGCAAGAACGGCACCUUUGCACGCUGGAGGAUGUCGAAAAGCUAGCC